AUGCGCAACACAACGAUACCUGUCUCUCCCUUCUACGACCAAGAGCCUGGUGCUCCACCACCGUUUCCUCCCAUGCUUACCAACCAGCUUGAGUUAUUUGGAAGUACUCAUCACCCAACUAUACUCAUCUCCAAUGAGAUUCUCCCUGCCAAAGCUAGCACCAUCGUCCCACCUAUUCCUGCCCUCAAGGGCACGCCUGAGAUCAAACUUGCGGCGCCAUCAUCCAAGACCAAUCGUUGUUUCUCGCCGUACCCGAAGAGAGUCUCAUUGGAGCGGUUUUCUUCUCGGUCACCCGUAUCUUCCGAUUCUUCCGACUCCAUUGAUUCAGUGUCAGACAGUGGCUCGUCUACUUCGGCCGCAAGUCUAUCAGAAGACUCAAAGAUACCCAAGCCCCCUGGCGAACCUGGUCGUCCGGGGUGGGGAGGAUACACGCUCCAGGAGAGUUUAAACUGGAGUCCAAAGGCAUACACGAAAUUCAAGAAAUCUAUGCACCACCUUGUCGAGGAACAUCUCAAUACCACAAAGUGCACCUCUUCCCAAAGCCCUGCGCUCCUGAGAUAUGUGCGCGACAAAGCUGUUGAUGCUUUCCCCGACCUAGACAACUACAGUAGUUGCUGGCCAGUGAAUGAUAUCAUCAUGAUGCGUCUGAAAUACACGUCAGGACGUGCUAGGCAGAAGGAAGCAGGGAUGGCUUUGGGCAAGAGCAAGAGGAAGACACAUACAUCGCCUGCCCACCGAUCGUUGACCAGCCAUCUACGACGGUACCAGAUCAAUGAGGGCUUGAAGAAGACGCAAAACUGGCUGCACGGCAGCAUAAUUCAGGAGGCUCUCAACAACGGGAAAGCGUUGGGCUUUGUGCAAGCGAUUGGAGCAUCGCGUCAACAUAGUGACCUGCCUACAACGCAAAUGGAGCUCUGGAGUCUUAUACAGCUGUCAGCGAGGAUCAGGAGUGAGGUGAGGGAAGAUAUACCCGCGAGUGUUGACCAUUGCAGCAAAGGAAUGACAAAAAUAAGUGACAAGGCGACCAGCGCUAAGGAUAACGUGAGGGAAUGGGCGAUGAAAGUGAGCGAUGAAAGUGGGCGAUGA